CGCCUCCUUCACCAGUCAACAUUCAGCAGCGCAGCGGUCGACAGUGAUUCCCAUUAAUGCGGGCGGGUCUUCGUCUCUUAGCAAUAAUAGCGUGACAUUUCUUCACAUUGCGCCUAAAACUUGGACAGGGAAUUUGAUCCCCGCGAGGAUAUAAGGUAUGGCUGCUAUCAGGAAAAAGCUGGUGAUCGUGGGAGAUGGAGCUUGUGGGAAGACCUGUCUACUCAUAGUGUUCAGCAAAGAUCAGUUUCCAGAAGUCUACGUGCCUACUGUGUUCGAGAACUACAUUGCAGACAUUGAAGUUGACAGCAAACAGGUGGAGCUCGCUUUGUGGGACACAGCAGGACAGGAAGACUAUGAUCGCCUGAGACCUCUGUCUUACCCAGACACAGAUGUCAUCCUCAUGUGUUUCUCCAUAGACAGUCCCGACAGUUUAGAGAAUAUCCCAGAAAAGUGGACGCCGGAGGUGAAGCACUUCUGCCCCAAUGUUCCCAUAAUCCUCGUGGGCAAUAAGAAGGAUCUGCGGAAUGAUGAGCACACACGGAGAGAGCUGACUAAGAUGAAGCAGGAGCCGGUUAAACCGGAGGAGGGCAGAGACAUGGCCAAUCGUAUUAGCGCCUUCGGCUACCUGGAAUGCUCAGCCAAGACUAAGGAGGGCGUGAGGGAAGUAUUCGAAAUGGCCACCAGGGCGGCGCUGCAAGUCCGCAAGAGGAAGAAGAGGAGCGGGUGCUUGCUGUUGUAAGAGAACUUUCCGGUCUUUUUCCAGAAUGAUCCCCCCACUGACCAGGAAAUACCAAACUCCACAAAAUUAGUUUUUGACCAAACAACAUAAAUACACUGGACUGUAUGUCACAUUUCAUGCAAACCAACAAAUGCGAAAUGGAGGAAAGUGAAUAAAAUAUGCAUUAAACUGACAGAGGCUGGGCAGAAAGACAGGUUAGAUCAAAAUAUAUCUAUAUCACUGUUUAUCUUGAUUUAGUUUUCCUCUAUGGCACAAUGUUUCUCAGAAUACAAACUUUUUUUUUUCCCUCCAGUUUGUACUGUACGGAUGACGUCAGUCAUAACGUUAUUGUAUUUUUGCAUAUUUAUCAAUCUACCAUUAUAAUCUGGUGAGAGAACAUCUUCAUAUUAUUGUAAUCGAAAUUAAUUUAACCACGUAGAAAUCUCUUAAUAGCACAGAAUUUGGUAAUAAAAACAGUGCCUUCAUGAUCAUUCCCUCCACAAUUUGAAUGUAAAGUGUGUGUUUUGAGCUUCUCUGUUACUUCUACACACUUUCUAGUAGUGAAUAACUCUAUGAGCCAAUUAAAUGUAUUUAAAAGUGAAAAAUCUUUAGUAAUGCUGAGUUUAUAGCUUUCAUUCCCCAAAUAAAUAUCAAUGACGUGUAAUUUGGAGGCUCAGUCGGAUCUAAAACCAACAAGCACCAACAUUUGUUGUUUUUGUCCUCCACACAGGCAUAAACACACACACGUGCACAUGGACUGAGCUCUUUAGAUAUUAAACUGGUUGAACCUGCCUCGAAUAUCCAGGCUGAGCUCACAUAAUCUGACUGUAUUGUCCUACAUUAGCCGGCACGCAUGCUUGAGUAUUGUUAAUGCAAAUAUUACAUUUAAGGUGCAAUCACUUUUGAAGGUUUCUAGCACUGCGAAACAUCAAAUAAAUACACAAACUGAUGAUUGUUAGCCAAUGUACUUUAGUUAGAAGAGGCCUUGAGUGCCUUUCCAGUUCCCACAGAAUUGUGUGCCUUUAGUUAUCAGACUUUAAUGCGUUUGGGCUGAGAUGAGAUGAUGAACGUUUAUGUCCACGCAUGCGUUUUGUCACGAUCGGUCUUGUAAUGUUGCAUGCCAGUAAUCAUGAGGUGUUCGGAUCAUCCCGUUUCUGACAGUAACCUUAACUAAUCAUGCAGAGUUGUGCUUCUAGAAGAUCUGUAGCUUUUGUUAGCUGGUGUAGAAUCCAUAUACUGAUGUCACUUCCACUGCUGUCCGCUGCUGGUGCCAUGAGAUGUCUGACAUGAGGUAAUGCUACCUAAAUCCAGCCCUAUGUUUCCUGUCUGUGUUGACUUCAAACGAGUAUUUAAUUCAUUAGCAUGGUGUAGCUCUGUUUCCAUCGUACGAUACCGUAAAAUAGGAAAAUCACAAAAACAGUCAAGAAACAGUGUUCUGGGUCAUAUGUCAGCUAAAAAUGAAAAAGGAUAUAGUUUGCAUUAAGAAUGGAAUGGAAUAAAGAUUUAUAUAAGUUUUUCAUUUAUUUUAAGGUGAAAUAUGACCCAGGCAUUUCUUUGUGAGGCAAAUGUUCCUUGGGUUAUUUUAUGUUUAGGUCCAUCAGAAGCAUAGAAUGUUAAACUAACCAUCUGUAUAAUUCUUGAACACCUGGGACACUAUGCCAUGGAUUUUAAUUUAUUAAACAGGGCAUUAUUAAAACACUGACUGUAAUGUACUGACUGUACAAUACAAUGCACAAGGAACACCCCAUUAGACUCCAUCCAGACUACACACUACUUGCAAAUAAAGGAGGAACUUGUUCUUUAUCUUUUUUAAUGUACUAAUUUGUGGAAUCCGUGAUGAAAUCCUCGAAGCCGGCGUGAGAAUAGACCCAUGUCUUUUGUGAAGUCAUCGUCUGCAUGAGGAAAUUACUACAGCAACCAGUCUUAGCAAAUGGAGCUCCACACUGGCCUCUGAGAUCAAUCUGCUGUGUUCAUGUGGUCUCUUCCUUUUUUCUGGAAGUAUUAAAUAUGAUUUAUUAAUCCAGAUUUUUAUGAGCGCUCAUAGUAACAAUGCUUUGUAAACAGGACUAGUAGUAAAUGUUUGAAUGAAGUGAAACCAACUUAUGUUAAUAAACUAUUUUUUCGAAACAAAA